AUGGCAAAGUUUUUGAUGACUUCCCUGUUGGUGUUGGCCAGCGUCGUCAUGAUGGUUAGCGCGCAAGGCUUUGGUGGUGGUCAUGGCGGUGGUGGUAGCCACGGUGGUGCUGGACAUCAUGGCGGCCAGUUUGGCGGCGACCAGCAUGGUGGUGGUGGCCAUGGAGGUGGUUUCCAGGGUGGCAAGCAAGGAUUUGGCGGUGGUCACCAGGGCGGUGGUUUCCAGGGUGGCAAGCAAGGAUUUGACGGACACGGUGGACACAGUGGACACGGAGGAAAGGUACAUGGAGGCGGCCAUGGAGGUGACAGCCAUGGAUUCGGACACGGCCAUGGUCAAAACCAUGGACACGGUCACCAGGGAGGAUACAAAACUCAUGGUUAUUAA